CGCCAACCCCCUUCCCGCAGCCGCUCCGAGCGCGGUUUCCCAAUCGCUUCCGCUCCGCGCCGCGACGACACACGGCUUGCGCGUUUUUUUUCCCCUGUUACGUCCAACACCGCUUUCAUCUUCAUUUUGAUUUUCCUGUUUUCGUUUUUCGCCCACGAGCACUGCAGCACGGCCAUCUCAUUUCACCAGCCGGUCGGGAAAAAUAUGCUUACAGUGGCGACGGCGGUGGCGGCGACCACUAUUACAUCGGCAUUGGAAACGGCGGCGGCAGCGACGGCGGUGGUGGCAGUGGAAAUAACAUCUUUAUAAUAAUAAUAAUAAUAAUAUAACGGCCUGCCUACCCAUACACGAUAUUAUUAUUUAUCAAUAAUAUCAAAUCGACAUAUUUUUUUUUUUCGGUUCUCUUUCGCUCUCGACUCUUCGACAGGACCGUGUCCGCAGUGGGCGCGAGUGCAGCAGUUGCAGUCGUCGCAUAUAUUGGUAGGUGGCCGCCACCGCAGCUGUAGCGGCGGUCGAUGGCCAAUUUCGGCCGGUUUUACGUGCCGCCGUUCGGGGCCGCCAUGAACGUGGUGUGGGCCGCCGUCAAGGCGUACGUGCCCGAGGACAGUCCAUGCGUGGAAGCCAUCAUGAAACGUCGCGGCGAUCGGGCGGCGGCGGGCGCGGCGUCUGCCGGGACCGGGACCGGGGCGGCGGACGGCGUGGACGCCGAGCGGAACCGGUUGCAGGGCGGCGGCAAGCCGGACACGAACCCGUUCCGGACCACGUGCAACUCGGAACUGUCGUCGUACGGCGGCGUGGAGAAACGUGACGGCGGCGUGGACGGCGACGGCGUCACCAAGAGGACGCCGCAAGCGUUCAGCAUGGACGACGGUAGCUUCGACGAGGACUCGUCGGGCGGCGGAGAGUUCGGUCGCGGCCGGCACAAGAUCGACGAAUGGCAAGCCGCGUGGAACGUCACCAACGCCAUACAGGGGAUGUUCGUGGUAUCACUGCCGUUCGCCGUGCUGCGUGGCGGUUACUGGGCGAUCGUGGCCAUGAUCGGGAUCGCGUACAUAUGCUGUUACACGGGCAAGAUACUGGUGGAGUGCCUGUACGAGCUGGACCUGAACACGGGACAGCGGGUCCGAGUCCGCGACUCGUACGUGUCGAUCGCCCGGGAUUGUUUCGGGCCGGUGUGGGGCGCCCGGGCCGUGAACGUGGCCCAGAUGAUCGAGCUGCUGAUGACGUGCAUACUGUACGUGGUGGCGUGCGGCGACCUGAUGGAGGGCACGUUCCCGGACGGCGUGAUCGACACGCGCAGCUGGAUGAUGAUCACUGGCGUGCUGCUCAUACCGCUCGGGUUCCUCAAGCACCUGCACCACGUGUCGUUGCUCAGCUUCUGGUGCACGAUGUCGCACAUAGUCAUCAACAUCAUCAUACUGGGCUACUGCGUGCUGGAGCUGCCCGACUGGGGCUGGAGCAAGGUCAAGUGGACCAUCGACGUGGAGAACUUCCCCAUAUCGCUGGGCAUGAUCGUGUUCAGUUACACUUCGCAGAUAUUCCUGCCCACGCUCGAGGGCAACCUGUCCGACCGGUCAAAGUUCGACUGGAUGCUGGAGUGGAGCCACAUCGCGGCCGCCAUAUUCAAGUCGCUAUUCGGUUACGUGUGCUUUCUGACAUUCCAGAACGACACGCAACAGGUGAUUACCAACAACCUGCACUCGCCCGCGUUCAAGGGCCUGGUCAACGUGUUCCUGGUGGUCAAGGUGCUGCUGUCGUACCCGCUGCCGUACUACGCGGCGUGCGAUAUACUCGAGAAGUCCUUCUUCAUCGGGCCACCCGCCACACCAUACCCAAGUAUCUGGCAUGUGGACGGCGAGCUCAAGGUCUGGGGCCUGGCGUUCCGCGUGGCCAUCAUCCUGUGCACCGUGUUCAUGGCCAUAUCCAUACCGCACUUUGCCAUACUGAUGGGCUUCAUCGGCAGCUUCACCGGCACCAUGCUGUCGUUCAUAUGGCCGUGCUAUUUCCACCUCAAGCUGAAGGGUGACUCUCUCGAGUGGCGCACCAUUAUGUUCAACUGCUUCGUCAUAUUUCUCGGUUGCCUGUUCGGCGUCAUCGGCGUCUACGACUCCGGCACGGCCAUCAUCAAAGCGUUCCAGAUCGGGUUGCCGUUCUGAGCAUUGGGACGUCCUGCUCCCACGUCCCCGUCGUCCCCACGCUCCAUUUCCCCUCCAGAACCCGUACCCACUACCCACGUACCCACCCAUGCACAAGCCACCCCACUCGUCAUACGCCCAUUAUCGAAGUCACAUGAUAUAUUAUUAUUAUAUCUUUAUCCACCGCACCCGCCCGAAUGCGAUCUGUUUGCUAUUAUAAGUGAUCGUGUUACAAACCGACCCGGGCCGAACUUUGAAACAUUUAAAAAUAUAAUAAUAAUAAUAAUAAUAAAUAGAAUACCUGUUUAUAAUUAAAUUUAACAAUAAACGAACUGUGAAUUCGGAGCGAACAAUAUCGGGCAUGUGAUCAGGUUCGAAUAUUUGCAGUUAUUUUCCGUUCGAUUAGGUUCCGUUUGAAAAUCCAUCAGUUCGUAACAUAGUACAUAUCAGUCCAACCAUCGUUAUUCAUUAUUAUAUUAUCAGUUCGUAACAUAGUACAUAUCAGUCCAACCAUCGUUAUUCAUUAUUAUAUUAUUAUAACCACGAGUGCUGUGUAAUCUAUUACAUUAUAAUAUUAUCACCAUGCGCUAACACUCGUCGCGUGUCAAUGACAAUAAUAAGUAAUAACAAUACAACGAGUGGACGAGUGAGUGAGCCCUACAUUAUAGGUCUUCGUUGUUUCGCGCCAAAAACGAUUCGGUUCCGUAGUGUAUUGAUUCACGUACUCGUAAAACCCGAAAAACCCCGCCACUUUUCACGGACGAUCGUCCGCGACGAGUAUCGAAUACCGUGACUAUGUAGCCAAUAUGGACUCCGACUAUAGUAUAAUUUAUUGUGAUCAUUUUAUUGUUUACUCGCCUAUUCCACAAACGCAUUGUUGUUAUUGUGACACCCGCGAUUGUUAUGGAUCCAGAAUAUCAUUGUUGUUGCAUUAUGUUUUGAAGGCACGAAAGAAAAGAUUUAGUAAAACAUCCGAACGAUCCUUAUAUUAUAGCCCCUCGCCGGCCAGGUACGUUUCAUAGUCUCGGAACAUAAUCCCGAAACGUUUUCAAGUUGUGGCACUGCAGUAGACACUAUAAUAGGAUAAGUAUAUACAUAGUAUAUAGUUUUGUUGGUUACGUAGUUACCUACUUGCCUAAUUUUUUUUCGAUUUUCAAUUUUCGUAUACCGUAAUUGAGUUUUGACUUUUUCUUCUUCGGGCGGUACACGCAAGCAUUUAUCAUUUUGAUAUUAUGCAGUUCUUACUCUUUUUGAAAUAGAAUCGCGCUUGCACAUUCCGCACGUUGUUAUUAUUGUUAUUGCAGUUUACAAUUUACGAUUAAACUAGAUAGAGUCAUUAACCAGUCAGGUCUAUACCCAUACCUGAGCUUUUAGCGAUCACCUUAUGCCCGCUAAAUUAUAUAAUAUACAAAUAUUAAUCCAGCGUCAAAUUUGUUUAGACGAUAUUAUUAUUAUUAUUGUAUACCGGUAGGGAGCAAUAAUUAUGCUAAGAUAGUUAUGCGAUUUUUACAUUUUUUUAAAUUUUAAUGAAAAUUAAUAGAAGUAUUCAAUUUUAAUUACCUACAUAGGUAAUAAAUUAGGUGUAUGUAUAAAAGUAUAUAAGCAAUUUUUUGAAUACAACGGUUAGACCGUUGUAGUUUGUGUCUUCCGAUAUAUAUAUAUAUAUAUAUAUAUGUAAUUGAUAUUGUGAUAAACAACAUUUGUCUUCCAGGGCUUGUAAGCCCAUACAACCAAACAAUUUAUUCUUGAAAUUGAAUAAUUUUUAAUAACCGAAAUAUUUUGACGACAAGAAUGUUUGGUAGUUAAAAUGUUAAAUUACCGUUUUAACAAUAAAUGUAAUGUUUAUAUUAUUAUUAUAUUAUAUUAAUUAAGUACUGUUUAUAUAUCAUUGAUAUUGUAACAUUCAAAUUGUGCUGUUUGUAGCAAUUUAUUGUCUUCCAUUAUAAAAACGAUUCUAAAUGUUGUUGAUGUUUGGUUUUCAAAUGGUUCUGACCGAAAAAUAUAAAUCCAUUUGGAUCCCAGACAUCUGUAUACUCCGGAUAAGGAACGUAUAAACUAUAUAUUAAAUUAGCGCUUAAUUGUUAAAUAAUGUCAAUUGCAAGUCUUCCAAAAAAAAUAAAAUAAAUACCACCUAUAGCGAUUAGUCAAAAUAAUUAUACGUUAUUAUUAUAUUGUGGUAAUUUAUAAUCAUGUUAAUAUACCUACUUAUAUUAUUUGUAAACAUUUACUUACAUAAUAUAAUAUUUUGUCGAGUUAUGGUCAUUACUAUUAUUAUUAUACAAAACUAACCAGGUUUUUUUUUUAAAGAAUAAGUAGUUUCAAUUAAUACAAUUGUUUUAUAUUCAUAUGUUUAUAAUAAUUAUUAAUAAAGAUGGAAGAGAAAAAAGUGAACUACAUACACUUUAAAAUAUUGUUAGUAGCUUGUUUAUUAAGAAACCGUUUGAUCAUAUUAUUAUAAUUUGUAAUAUUUAUAUAUUCACUUUUAAAUACCUACUAAAAGUAUAUUCAAUUAAUUAUACUCUUUGUUAUGUUUAAGUAUAAGUAAACAUUAUAUUAUAUACAACACGAGCAUUAAUUUGUUUUAUCUAAGACUGCUAUUGUCUUCCAUAAUUUAUACCAUAACUAAUUAAUUAUUAUUGUAUACUCUUUCAGUAUAUUUAACAAAAUACACUUAAUCUUAAAAAG